GAACCAAGUCAGAGCUGGAGUCGGCUGGGCGGCUAGGAACGGUGGCUGCUACCGUGGGUGACUCAGGGAGGCGGGAGGCGGGGGAGGAGCCCUUCCUGCCGGCGUGGAAACCAUGGUGCUCACGCUCGGAGAAAGUUGGCCGGUAUUGGUGGGGAAGCGAUUCCUCAGUCUGUCCGCGGCCGACGGCAGCGACGGCGGCCACGACAGCUGGGACGUGGAGCGCGUCGCGGAAUGGCCCUGGUUGUCCGGGACCAUUCGGGCUGUUUCACACACCGACGUUACCAAGAAGGAUCUGAAGGUGUGUGUGGAGUUUGAUGGGGAAUCUUGGAGGAAGAGAAGAUGGAUAGAAGUCUAUAGCCAUUUAAGGAGAGCAUUUUUAGUAGAACAUAAUUUGGUCUUGGCUGAGCGAAAGUCGCCUGAAAUUUCUGAACGAAUUACUCAGUGGCCUGCAAUAAUGUAUAAAUCUCUGUUGGACAAAGCUGGUUUGGGAUCCAUAACUUCUGUUCGCUUCCUAGGAGAUCAGCAAAGUGUAUUUCUUUCCAAAGACCUUUUAAAGCCUAUACAGGAUGUAAAUAGUCUUCGGCUUUCCCUUACUGAUAAUCAGAUCAUCAGUAAAGAAUUCCAGGCUUUGAUUGUAAAACAUUUAGAUGAAAGCCACCUUCUACAAGGUGAUAAGAACUUGGUUGGUUCAGAAGUAAAAAUCUAUAGCUUGGAUCCAUCUACUCAGUGGUUUUCAGCAACUGUUGUAAAUGGCAACCCAGCAUCUAAAACUCUUCAAGUCAACUGUGAGGAGAUUCCAGCACUGAAAAUUGUUGAUCCAGCACUGAUUCAUGUUGAAGUUGUUCAUGAUAACUUUGUGUCAUGUGGUAAUUCUACAAGGAUUGGAGGUGUCAAACGCAAGUCUUCUGAGAAUAAUGGAACCUUGGUUUCCAAACAAGUAAAGUCUUGCUCUGAGGCCUCUCCUAAUGUGUGUCCUGUACAGUCUGUGCCUACACCAGUGUUUAAGGAGAUCCUGCUUGGCUGCACUGCAGCAACUCCACCUAGUAAGGACCCAAGGCAGCACAGCACUCCCCAGGCUGCCAACUCACCUCCUAACCUAGGAGCAAAAAUUCCUCAAGGAUGUCAUAAGCAGAGUUUACCAGGAGAACUUUCUUCGUGUCUCAAUACAAAGCCCGAGAUACUGAGAACAAAACCAGAUGUCAUCUGCAAAUCAGGAUUGCUCUCUUCAAAGUCUUCUCAGGUUGAAACUGCAGAGCCGAAAAUUCUGAGUGAGCCCAAAGGUAGCUUUAUUCAGCCUAAGACAAACUCUGAUUGGGAGAACAGAUUGGAAUCUCUUCCACGUCCAUUGACUGGCCUUCCUAAGGAAUGCUUACCUCCAAAGGCUUCUUCUAAAGCUGAGUUGGAAAUUGCCAGUACUCCCGAACUUCAGAAGCACCUACAACAUGCACCUUCCACAUCAGAUGGCCUUUCAAAUAAGCCAGAAUUGAAAGCAGGUGUUAAGAGUGAUGGCCCUAAUUGCUGUGCAGAAAAAAAGAUAGUACCUUCAACUUUAGGUUGCCGGUCACAAAACUUAAAGGAAACAUCAGUAAAAGUAGAAAAUGAAAGCUGUUGUACAAGAAGUAACAAUAAAUUUCAGAAUGCCCCAGCCAGGAAGUCAGUUUUGACAGACCCUGAUAAACUCAAGAAACUGCAGCAGAGCGGAGAGGCCUUUGUUCAGGAUGACUCCUGCGUGAACAUUGUGGCCCAGCUGCCUAAGUGUCGGGAGUGUCGCUUGGACAGUCUGCGCAAGGAUAAGGAGCAGCAGAAGGACUCGCCUGUGUUCUGUCGCUUCUUUCAUUUCAGGAGAUUGCAAUUCAACAAGCAUGGUGUGUUGCGGGUAGAAGGCUUCUUAACACCAAACAAAUAUGAUAGUGAAGCAAUUGGCUUGUGGCUGCCUUUGACCAAAAAUGUUGUGGGAACUGACUUGGACACAGCAAAGUAUAUCCUGGCCAACAUUGGAGACCACUUCUGUCAAAUGGUGAUUUCUGAAAAGGAAGCUAUGUCAACUAUUGAGCCACACAGACAGGUUGCCUGGAAACGAGCUGUCAAAGGUGUUCGAGAAAUGUGUGAUGUCUGUGACACCACCAUCUUCAACCUGCAUUGGGUGUGUCCUCGGUGUGGAUUUGGGGUGUGUGUGGAUUGCUACCGGAUGAAAAGAAAGAAUUGCCAACAAGGUGCCACCUACAAGACUUUCUCUUGGCUAAGAUGUGUGAAGAGUCAGAUCCAUGAACCUGAGAAUCUGAUGCCCACACAGAUCAUUCCUGGCAAAGCCCUCUAUGAUGUUGGAGACAUUGUUCAUUCUAUCAGAGCAAAAUGGGGAAUAAAGGCAAACUGUCCCUGUUCAAACAGACAGUUCAAAUUCUUUUCAAAGCCAGUCUCAAAGGAAGACCUCAAACAGACGUCAUUAGCUGGGGAGAAACCUGCUCUUGGGACUGUGAUCCAGCAGAAUCCCUUGGUUUUGGAGCCAGCGACGGUGGGUGAAGAAGCAGCCUCCAAGCCGGCCACCAGCAUAAAACCCACCUGUCCUGCCAGCACCUCGCCUUUAAGCUGGCUGGCCGACCUGACCAGCGGCAAUGUCAACAAGGAAAACAAGGAAAAACAACCAACAAUGCCAAUUUUAAAGAAUGAAAUCAAAUGCCUUCCAUCCCUUCCGCCUCUGAAUAAAUCCAGCACUGUCCUACAUACCUUUAACAACACAAUUUUGACACCUGUUAGCAACAAUAAUUCUGGAUUCCUCCGCAAUCUCUUGAAUUCCUCUACAGGAAAGACAGAGAAUGGACUCAAGAAUACACCAAAAAUCCUUGAUGACAUCUUUGCUUCUUUGGUGCAAAACAAGACUUCUUCAGAUUUACCUAAGAGGCCUCAAGGACUGACCAUCAAGCCUAGCAUUCUGGGCUUUGACACUCCUCACUACUGGCUGUGUGAUAAUCGCUUGCUGUGUUUACAAGAUCCCAAUAACAAGAGCAACUGGAAUGUAUUUAGAGAGUGCUGGAAACAAGGGCAGCCAGUGAUGGUGUCAGGAGUACAUCAUAAACUGAACACUGAACUUUGGAAACCUGAAUCCUUUCGGAAAGAGUUUGGUGAGCAGGAAGUGGACCUAGUUAAUUGUAGGACCAAUGAAAUCAUCACCGGAGCCACAGUGGGAGACUUCUGGGAUGGAUUUGAAGAUGUUCCCAAUCGUUUGAAAAAUGAUAAAGAACCAAUGGUGUUGAAACUUAAGGACUGGCCACCAGGAGAAGAUUUUAGAGAUAUGAUGCCUUCCAGAUUUGAUGAUCUGAUGGCUAACAUUCCACUGCCUGAGUACACAAGGAGAGAUGGCAAACUGAACUUGGCCUCUAGGCUGCCAAACUACUUUGUUCGGCCAGACCUGGGUCCCAAGAUGUACAAUGCUUAUGGAUUAAUCACUCCAGAAGAUCGGAAAUAUGGAACAACCAAUCUUCACUUGGAUGUAUCUGAUGCAGCUAAUGUCAUGGUUUAUGUGGGAAUUCCCAAAGGACAGUGUGAGCAGGAAGAAGAAGUCCUUAGAACCAUCCAAGACGGAGAUUCUGAUGAACUUACAAUAAAACGAUUUAUAGAAGGAAAAGAGAAGCCAGGAGCCCUCUGGCACAUAUAUGCUGCUAAGGACACGGAGAAGAUAAGGGAAUUUCUUAAAAAGGUAUCAGAAGAACAAGGUCAAGAAAACCCAGCAGACCAUGAUCCUAUUCAUGAUCAGAGCUGGUAUUUAGACCGGUCACUAAGAAAGCGUCUUCAUCAAGAAUAUGGAGUUCAAGGCUGGGCUAUUGUACAGUUUCUCGGGGAUGUGGUUUUUAUCCCAGCAGGAGCUCCACAUCAGGUUCAUAACUUAUAUAGCUGUAUCAAAGUGGCUGAAGACUUUGUGUCUCCAGAGCAUGUUAAACACUGCUUCUGGCUUACUCAGGAAUUCCGUUAUCUGUCACAGACUCACACCAACCAUGAAGACAAAUUGCAGGUGAAAAAUGUUAUCUACCAUGCAGUGAAAGAUGCAGUUGCUAUGCUGAAAGCCAGUGAAUCUGGUUUUAGCAAACCGUAACCCUCCCUGCACAUUGGAAAUGAAUCACUGGCAGCUGUUCAAACUCUUCAGGCAGGAUUCCUGUGGACGUUGAGAUUUCAUGUUACCUCAUCUUCUUUUUUAAACUGUGCCCGACUUGUGAGGGUCCUCUGUCUAAUGUAUAUUUCUAGUGUUUACAGACACUAAGUGUGUAUAUGUAGGAACUAUUUACAGACCAUGCAUCCUUAUACUGUGACUUCUCACCUAGUGCAGAUUUUACCACGUUGUAAAACAAAACCUCUUACCAGCUCUGAACAAAUACCUGCAGUUAUUCCCCAGCUGUUUGGACAGCUUAGUCAAAUGGGUUUCUAACUUAGGAAUUACUGCACAGUUACUUUGAGUUUUACUUUAUUUCAUGUCUGUCUGAGCACCCUGCCCCACCUGUUAGGGUCCAGAACAGCCAAGGAGGAAGUGACAGCUAAUGAUGCAGUUCUUAUUGUAUUGCAUAUAGGACUGGCAUUAUACAGAAGUCAACUACUGUACGAUUCUUGGGGUUAACCAUCUUUAGUUAAAUGGAAUUUUAAUUUAAAUGGAGCUUUGCUAAUUUUAAGUGUUAAGCAUUUUGCAUUAAAAUAUUCAUAUAAUA